CAAACCUAUACAGCGGCUACAGCCGAGUUGCACCGCUGCUUCUGCUCUAGAGACCGUGAAUGAAAUAGAGGACUACAGGAAACAAUCGCUCCACCAAUUAUCUGGUUUUCCGGUAUCAGCUUGCCGGCGCCUUACUUCUCCUGCGCCGUCCAUCUUCUCCCUCCGACCGCCGAUUCCACAAUUUAUUCCCUCAAAAAGCUUUGAAGAUCUUCUUCCUACAUUUGUCUAUAUUAAAAGCCCUAAUUUUUACUCUCAAGUGGUUCUUGAAGAUCAUCUUGCUAAAGAUUGAUGGAUCGUCAAGGCCAUGAUUAUGCAGCUGCUGCCAUGGCAUUUGCACAACAACAACAGCAACAAGCUGCUAAUAUCCAGAACCAGCAGCCACCACCACCACCACCACCAUAUGGUUUUCACCCACAACAUCAACAACAAUUCCUACCUUCAGUUCAUGGCCCUCCUUUUAUACCACCACAUCCUUCCAUCCAACAAUUUCCCCGCCACCCCCUCAUGCAACAACCACAAAUCCACCCUCACCCUCAAUCCCAUCUUCACCUUCUUCACCUCCCCCAACAACAACAACAACAACAACCACAACCACCUCCAAAUUUCCCCCCUCAUAUGCCGCCUCAUGUAAACCCUUCUCCAUUCCAUGGUCCAUAUGAUGCACCACCACCACCCGCCCCUCCUCCUUCUGACCCCGAACAACAAAAGACUAUUGAUAAGCUUGUGGAAUAUGCAGUGAAAAAUGGCCCUGAGUUUGAAGCUAUGAUCCGUGAAAAACAGAAAGAUAACCCUGCUUAUAGUUUCUUGUUUGGUGGUGAAGGCCAUAGUUAUUACAGGUAUAAACUCUGGUUAGCUUCACACCCACCUGGUGCCAUGUUUAACCCUUCUUUUCCUCCAUCUAAUGUUAACAUGUUGCACACUUCAAACCCUAUGAUGAACAACCAGUCACCCUUAAAUCCUCCACAUUUACCUCCUGCUCCUCAAAUGCAUCAACAACAUCCAUAUCCACCGUUUUAUGAACAGCAACACCAUCAGCCUUUUGUCAACCAUGGGAGGCCAGAGUUUGACCAGUCUUCCAGGGCUUUCAAAGGUCUCUCUGGCCCACUUCCUUCUGAUGUUGCAUCAGAGAUGAAUAACAUGCUGAAUAGUCUCACAGGGACAAAAGAGUCAAUCAAAGGUGCUAAAAUGUGGUUCAUGCAGAGGUCUCCUUUUGCUCCUGCUCUUGCAGAAGCACUUAGGGAUAGAGUGUUUUCUCUUGAUGACUCUGAAAGACAGCUGCAUAUCAUUUACUUGGCUAAUGACAUUUUAUUUGACAGCUUGCAAAGACGUGUGAAUCCUCAUGAGAUUGAUAACGAGGCGCUUGCUUUUAGACAUGUUUUAGGCUCUAUGCUUGCAAGAAUUUACCACAACCCUGUAAACAAAGAUGAAAAUCAAUCAAGAUUGCAGAAAAUUUUACAGUUUUGGGCAUCAAAGGAAGUUUAUGAUCCUGAUACUAUCCGUGUUCUUGAGACUGAGAUGCUCAGUGGCCCACCUGUUGGUUCUUUUCCUAAGAAUGACUUAUCUACUAUCCCAGGUGAUCCAUCAGCCAUUCCAGGACAUCCACAGCAAGCAUCCGCUUCAAAUAUGGUGCAUUGGCAGCCUGAUAAACAAGGUAUGCUUCCAAAUUUAUCAGACCAAGAACAACUCCCACCCGGAAUGGCACCACCGAUUCCAACCCCGCAAUUCCAUUCCAACCCCGGUUAUCCCAGCUCCAUUCCCAUUCCAUCUUCCAUCCAACAAAUACCACCACCACAAGCACCCGAAAAAUUACCACCAUACCCUUUAUUCCCACCCGGACUAAUCCCCGGAAUGGUUAGAAAAAUGCAAAUCGGAAGCGGAGUACCCUAUUCCCCCAUGAGUCCUCUCGACAUUCCAACCGUGAUUCCGCCCUCUACAAUCUCCCCUUCUGAGAUUCUUGAAAGUGUAUCGAAAUUCUUCAAGGAGAUUGGAGAAGUGAACCCUUCAGAAGGACCAAUGGGAGCAAAAAGUGAUGAUGAGGAUGAAUAUGAAUAUGAAAGAGGGAGAGAGACACCUGUACGUAAAGGGGGUGCGUGUAUACCCCCACCCCCUAACCUACAGGUGGACCCCGAGACCGGGACCUACGCGGAUGGAACCGUGGAGAAGAAACCCGGGUCGAGUGGGUCCGGGCGGCUCGGGCUCGGGGCGAUGGCUAACCCGAAUGAGGUUAGUCAGUAUGAUGAUGUUUACACAUCAUAUAGGAAACAAAGAAGCACAAAUUAUCAUUCUUCCAUGAGUGCAAGAGCUUCUACUAGGUGAUGGUUGUAUUUGUUCAUGUCAAAAUGAUUUUUAAGAUUUGAUUUUUAUGGAUUAGGUUUUGUUUUUGUUUAAUUGGAACCAUUCUAGUGUUUUUUUAAAUGAAGGUUGUUGAGAUCAAGUGUAUACAUCAAUUAAUUUUAGAUGAACGUACUUUGUAUUU